GCCGGUCUAUUCUGAAGCUGAGACAGACCAAAACGAAAAAGUGGUGUUUCUAAAAUUGUGGGUUCAUGAAAUGGAGAAAGUGAAGAGAACUACGAGUUGGGUCAGGGGGAACUGCAUCGGCAGAGGAUCGUACGGCACGGUGAGCCUGGCGGUCCGGAAAUCGGACGGCCGGAGUUUUGCGGUGAAGUCCGUUGACGUGAGGUCGUGCUUGGAGGCUCAACUGCUGGCUUUGGAGAACGAAAUUCGGAUUCUCCGGCGGGUUUCGUCGCCGUGGGUGGUGGAUUAUCUCGGUGACGACGCCACGAUGGAGGACGCCGCGGCGGCGUUUCGGAACCUGCACUUGGAGUACCUCCCAGGUGGGACAGCUGCUGACCUGGCAAAGUUUUCCGGCGGUGACGUGGACGAGGGCUCUGUUCGAUCGUACACUCGGUGCCUUGUUUCUGCGUUGAGGUAUGUCCACUCGUUGGGCAUUGUCCACUGCGACGUAAAGGGCAAGAACGUGUUGCUGGGAUCCGAGCCGGGGGUCGCGAAACUCUCGGAUUUCGGGUCGGCGACGUCGUUCCCAGCCGCGGGGCCGCCGCGUGGAAGCCCGCUGUGGAUGGCGCCGGAGGUAGUUCGCCGGGAAUAUCAGGGACCGGAGUCGGACGUGUGGGCACUGGGUUGCACCGUCAUCGAGAUGGUCACCGGCAGGACGGCCUGGGAGGACCACGGCGCCGACACUCUGCGGCGAGUUGGUUACUCGAACGAGAUGCCGGAGCUUCCCGCUCGGUUGUCGGAACAAGGUCGGGACUUCCUUGACAAGUGUCUCCGACGAGACCGAACCGAGCGAUGGAACUGCGAUCAGUUGUUGCGCCACCCCUUCGUAUCAUCAUCAGAACCGUUGAGCUCCAAAGCCCAUCCUUCGCCUCGUUGCGUGCUCGAUUGGUUGAAUUCAGACUUCAUAGACGACGACGACGAAGGAGAAGAUCAAUCGAUCGAACCUUCUGACUCAGUCACUCGGCUCGCCAGAGCUAGAAUCGGAAAAUUAGCAUCAAGGACAGGGGCAAAUUGGGAAUCUGAUGGUUGGCUGACGGUGAGAAAUGCGACGAGUGACGGAGCAGAGGAAGAUUCAGAUUCGUGUUGUUGCGGCGACGAAGAAGAACGGACAUCUUUGGAAUAUCCAAAUUUUACGACAGCAGAAGACGAAACGGAAGAGAAGAGUAAGUCGGAAUAUUCCGACGCCUCACAAACUGGAAGGCCAAAUUCGGAAUAUUCUAAUAAUAAUUCUUGCGACAGCAGGGUGGACAAGCUGGGCUCGAGCUGUCGGAUGAAAUUUACAGCUGGUGUAAAUUUUUUAAUGAUAUUUUUAUUGUCCGUCCUUGAGAUAACAUGUAGCUCAUUGUUAUGGGAUAUAACACAGCAUAUACCAUUCGGGUUUUAUUUCAGAUUUCAAUCUAUACACGUGACAAUGUUCCACCUUAAUUCCAUCCCCUUUUCAUUAAUAACAACUGACUUUCCCAGAAAUGAAAAGUCAAUUGUUGAACACCGUAAAAGAAUUUGUCAUUGGUGGUGGGCUGUCACGACAAGUGUGUUAUUUUAAAGGUAAAUAAUAAAU